AUGCUCGUUGGCCUGACCUGUACAUUUCUUAGCAUGUUGUGUCUCGGUUUCGUAUCAAGCUUUAAGCAGAUACUGUUUCUUCAGGCGGUACAGGGCUUCUCGAAUAGUAAUGUCGCCAUCGUGAGGACGAUGAUUUCGGAAGUGGUACCACAGAAGAGUUUUCAAGCAAGGGCCUUUGUUCUGCUUCCGAUAUGUACCAGCAUCGCAACAAUCUUUGGCCCACUAAUAGCAGGUUUGACGGCGGAAGUCACAACGCACGGACAUGACGAUGCCAACGCCUCACUUCUAUCAAGAUACCCUUAUGCUCUGCCGGCCUUGGUAAACGCCCUAGGCUUGUUGAUAUGCUUGCUUGCGACGUUCCUGUUUCUCGAAGAGACCUUGGAACCAUUGCGCACAAGAUACGACCCUGGGAUUGCGCUCGCCCGAAAAUUUACUUCAUUUCUGCGCUUUUCAGACAGAGGUCAGGCGUAUGAGGCCAUCUCUGACGAGCCCGAAGACAGCAAAGAAAUGGGCCCCAUCAGCAGCACUGAGUUGCAUGAAGGAACAAGCUCAGGAAGACCGUCGACUUCAGAUGAGGACGGCAUCGAAGCCGGCGAGAAGCCCGUGUCUGUGCUACCGACACGUCGGAUUUUCACCAAGAAGAUGCUGCUUGUCCUCCUCGCAACAGUGCUGCUGGAUAUCCAAAUUGCCGUGACCAGCGACGCCAUGUUCAAUAUUUUCAGUUACCCCGUAGCGACCGAAGAGGAAGAACGUCAAAGGGCUCUGCCUUUUAGAUUUUCUGGCGGUGCUGGAUUCAAGCCGCAUUCACUCGCGUGGACGACGAGUAUAUUCGGCCUUACUGGACUCCCCUUUCAGCUCUUGGUAUACCCCAAGGUCACGCAGCGCUUUGGCACGUUGAAGACGUGGCGGUAUUUCAUGUUCGCCUUCCCUUUGAUUUGGUUCCUGUACCCCUACAUUGCCGUCAUGCCAUCUACCACGCCGGCGCCCUCAGAAAAGACUGGAUUCAUAGUCUGGGCAUACGUUGUAGUGCUCGCAUGCGCUACGGGACUUUUUGUGGGAUGUGUAGCCCCUUGCCAGCUCAUACUUACAGCGCUCUCGUCUCCGCACCCCUCAGCUUUGGCAAGGACACAGGGCAUCACGUUUUUUGUCUCAACGGCGGUCCGUGGUUCGGGCUCAGCCUUGUCUGGUUCUCUCCUGGCUUACGGGCUGGUCCGCAACAUGGCCGGUCUGCCAUUCUGGCUCAGUAGCGUAGUCGGCGUGGUAGCGAUUGCUACCAGCCCAUUCGUGCCAGAGGGGAACGGCCAUGAAAUCCGAUUACCUGGGGAUGAUUGA